AAAUGGGUUGUUGGUAAAUUUGGCAGAGUCUUGCCUAUCCUGCACCUCAGGAGUCGUCAACCAAAAAAAGUUGUGAAAUACGACCCGUCAAAAUAUUGCCAUAACCUUAGGAAGCUGGAGCCAGACUUGACACAUGUAGUUCCUAUAGCCGAGCUUACUUGGCACUUGGAAGGGAAAGAUGAUGGCAUAAGCAAGAAGCGGCAAGGAGAGUUCCCUGUAACUAAGAAUCCGCCUAAAAAACUGAGGCUACUGGGCAAUGAGGCUCUAAAUGGAGCAGUAGUUCUCUCUUCUGGGUGCCAGUCACGUUUAAAAACCACAAGCUCAUCACAGCUAGAUCAAAGAUCAAAAUCUAAACCCAAUGAGAAGUCUAAAUUGCCUGCAUCAAGCAGCCUUAAGAGUAAAAUACCAGGGAGAGGUUUAUUGUCAGAUAAAAGCAAUGUUUCUGGAGGUACAGCUCAAAAUAAUCUGAGUGUUUCUGAUAGUGACAUUGAUUCUGAAGAGGAAAUCGGAACAAUGGUAGAGAGAGAGACAGAAAUACAGAAAGCUGAAGAUGUUGAGACUGAAAGUGACCACUUGGACAUUGUUGGGGAUAACUUUGAAUUAAAAUACAGAAGUCACUGGUCCUUAAGCAACCAGGAUGCC